AUGGCUAAAACGAAAACUACCGUAGACGAACGGCUGAUUGCCCGGUUCAAUCAGGAGUUGGGAGCGGACCUUAAAAACAUACACAAAUGUGCGGAUUUGGUAAAGUUUUAUCGCUCGGAGCUGGAGGAUUUGCGGGACAAGGUAACACUUACGGAACCAGGAUGCAUCCCGAGUGUUAAAGCGAUGAUCGAAAACAGCAAAACCACGCUAGAGGAGCUCGACACCAAGCAGGAAAGACUAGGCGUGUUCGAGCAGAAAUUAAGCGACCGAAUCGAAAAAUACCGAAAACUAAUGGAGGAAGUGGGCGGUAAAAUGGAAAAGAUUCGAGAACUGCAAACUGUUCGGGAUUAUAUGGCGCUUAUAAAGGAUAUCGAAAACGUAAGCCAGGAGCUGGACGUGUCCGUUAAUGGCAAGGACGACGGUAAACCGAUAGCGCUGUACGUUGCCCUCACCGGCCCGAACAGCAUCCUUGAUCGGAUCAAGGACAUAGAAGCGCCGCACCUAAAGAUGUACGCACGUAACACCGCGUUCCACUGGCACGAUGUGUUGACCGCGAAGUACUCGGCCGAAUUUGAGACCCUGUUGAAGGCAAUCAAGUGGCCGAACCUGAACCAAACGCUCGAGCAGUUCAAUCCCUCCAAAGACCACAUCCACAAGCUCGUGGUACUGGCGGAGUAUCUGUUCCUGGUGAAGCUACCCGGUGAUCAGGAUCUGCUCAGCGUGAAGCUAUCACCAAGCAUUAUCUGCCCACACUACACGGCUCCGGUGGCACUGUUCGUAAAGCCGUUUCGGUUACGCUUUCAGUUUCACUUUACGGGCAACAAGCAAACCAAUCGUUUGGACCGCCCGGAAUGGUAUCUAACGCAGGUGCUAACGUGGGCGAAAGAAAACCACAUCUUUGUGGGGCAACAUUUUCAGUCGCCGGCACUCCGGGCGGGCAUAGUUAACAGUAGCGUGAGGUUAGAGUUUGUACGCGGAUUGGUGCAAUUGGCGGUGGAGAAGCUGUUGGCAGAUAUCGAACAAAUAGUGCAGGAUGAGGCGCUAUUUGCGCACCUCAUCGAUGAGGUUUUGCCGUUUGAACAGGAUCUUAAAACUAUGCUCGGGUAUCCAAACAGCUACCCUAGCGUCGUUUCGGUGCUGGUGCAGCCCGUCUAUUUCCUCAAGUGGAUGGCUAUCGAAAAAAAAUUUACUACCGACAAAAUGGAUGCGAUGCUAAGCACUGCCGACCCGUUUGAACUCCUAGAUCCCGCCAAACUCGACGAGUUGAAGAUACCGAAAUGUGCCGAUCAAUUCAUACGCCUGCUGGACGCGAUAAAGGAGCGCUACUGUUGCCUACCCCAACCCCGACAGCAGCUACAGUUCCUCGAGCUGCAACUCGAGCUAAUCGACAACUUCCGGUGUCGUCUGUUGCAGCUGUACAACGACGGCGUUAACCCAACCAAGAUCCUAAACGCGCUCAACUAUUUAACCUCGGUUUUACGCGAAUGGGGCGAAAACGUGCACUAUCUCCAUCUGCACGCCGCCCUGUACGGUACCGACGCAGAAGAAAUAAGCUCCGUGUUCGAUCAAACGAUCGAGGAGCUCAACUAUUGCCACCAAAAGCUCAUCGAGGAGAUGGUGACCUGGAUCGUGCAUGAAAUCACUUCCCGCUCGCGAGCGUACCGGUACGAUCUGUGGCCAUCGCUGAAUCUACACGAGGCAAAGGAAACCAUCAUGGUGUCCGCAUCGGCAAGCGAAAUGUUCCAGACAACCGUGAACCAUCUGCACAACAUGGAGCGUGAGCUUUCGCUGAACGUUUUCCUCACCGUGGUGCGUAUGAUCGCAGCCGAACUGGACCAAUGGAUGAUCUCGAGCAUGGUGAUGAACACGAAGUUUUCCACCGGUGGUGGGCAGCAGUUCCACUACGACAUGACGCGCAAUCUGUUCAGUUUGUUUAGCCAAUACGCAAAGAAAACGAAUUUGUUGUUUAAACGGAUUAAUGAUGCCUGCACGUUGCUUACCUUGCCGCUUGGUUCCGCUGUACUGCUGCGGGAUACGCUGCUGUCGGAAACGCUCGACGACGAUGGUGUGACACGCGUGCUAGAAGAAGUCGGUGUGGCGAUCUGUAACAAAAAGUUCGUCCUCGGUUUGCUCGAUCGGCGAAACGAUAUGCCAAGCAUUUCCUAACCGUGAGCGCGUGAAGAACAACUCAUGGUGGUGGUCCCCGUUAAAAUGGUGUAUGAUUGAUAAUAGAAAAUUCACAUAAAAUCAUUCCAUUUUGCGCUAGCGUCUCUUUACUUUCCCUUAACCUAAACAUCGUAUCGUCACUGGUCACGUUGCUUCGCAUGCG